AUGCGUUCCUUCAUCUCUACCUCCCUCGUGGCCCUCGCCCUGCACGCUGCAACUAUCAGCGCCGCUGUUACCCCCAAGCAGCGUCUCCCCUCGAGCACUGGCGGCUCCCUCAUCGAUCUCAGUGACUUGACUGCUGACGUCGAUGUCCUGAGCCUGGACCAGGUCGUUGGCAAGAAGCACUCCGGUCGCUCUCUGCUCGACCUCAGCGGUCUCAACCUGGACGCUAAUGUCCUCAGUAGCUCGACGUCCAGCUCUUCUGGUUCGAACAAGAAGCCGGCCACGAAGUCGUCGGGCGACUCGCUUCUUGAUCUGAGCGGCAUCAAUGUCGACGCCAACGUCCUCAGCACCGAGACCACCACUUCUUCUUCCCAGACGCAGCACAAGAAGCAUGCCAAGAAGCACUCCGGUCGCUCUCUGCUGAAUCUGAGCGGACUCAACCUGGACGCCAAUGUCCUCAGCAGCAGCACGUCGAGCUCCUCUGGCUCGACUAAGAAGCAGGCAACAAAGUCUUCCGGAGACUCGCUCCUCGACCUGAGCGGCAUCAAUGUUGAUGCCAAUGUCCUGAGCAGUGAGAAGACCACGACAGCUUCGUCUCCCAAGAAGCACCACAAGAAGCACGGCAAGAAGCACUCUGGCCGCUCUCUUAUCGACCUCAGCGGUCUUGACAUUGACGCCGACGUCUUGAGCGGUGACAUUGAGAGCUUCCCCCAUGGCGAAGGCCUCCUGUCCAGUAUCCUUCGCCGAGGUGACUUCUCCGACGAGGCCGUUCUCGCCGCCGUUGGCGACUACGCUAAGCGCGAGGUAGCCGUCGUUGGUGAUAAUUCCCUCUACGUCCGCGCUCUUGGUCUCCAAGCCCGCAGCAGUGACAAGGAGUGCUACAAGGUCUGCACCACUACUACCACUACCAAGACCACCAAGAGCUCGCACGGCCAUAAGGCUACCUCUACUGCCGAUUGUGAUGAUGAUGGUGACGACACCUCGAGCAAGAAGAGCCACAAGACUACUCACAAGGCUAAGCACUCGGCCACGACUGUCUCUGCCCCGAAGACCCAUCACCACAAGGCCACUUCCACCGCCGACUGCGACGACGAUGACAAUGACAAGCCUUCGACUCAUAAGAGCACGAUGACCACUCACAAGGCUAAGCACUCGAGCCAGAGCACCGCUGCCACGAACACCCACCAUCACAAGGCCACCAGCACCGCUGACUGUGACGAUGACGACAACUCUUCGAAGGGCAGCAAGACUACUCACAAGGCCAAGCACACCAAGGCCACCUCGACUGCACCUGCCGCCACUAGCACCUCUGGCCUGACUUGCCCUCCCGGUACCUACCAGGCCACUCGAGCCAAGAGCAGCAAGAGGUCCCUGAUCGACGCUUCCAACGUGACCCUCAAGCUGUGCAUCCUGGACCUCUUCGGAGAUUGCAACCCUACUGACACUGUGCCAACUGCCGACUGCUCGGAGAUCUACUGUGCAUCCAACGUGACCCAGACUAGCUCGCUCACCACUGCCGACAAGGACUCUGACUCGCUCAUCGACCUCAGCGGAGACAACAUUCUGCUCGACAUUGGAGGUGGACUCCUCAGCCUCCUCGGCCUGAUCCUGUAA